AUGAUGUUUCAUUUGCAUGGUGCUUCUAUAAAAAGCUUGGAAUCUGGUCCUUAUGGAAAUGUCACUGUGCAUAAAAGGUUAAGUAAUGGGGGCUUCGUGGGGGAGUUAUCUUUAGGGUUACAGAGCAUUAUUCAGAAGUUUGGAGGUGAGGAGUAUUCUGGAGUCAAGAAAUCUGCUGUUGACGUGGCAGGACUGGUCCCAGUGUUAGAGAGGCUCGUUCAGGGUGUUGUUCUGGAUAGUGAAAAUUCAAGAUUUAAAUUGAUGGAGACCCAAAGGGUAAAAGAGGAAUUAACAAACAGGGUUAAAUUGCUUGAAGAUUAUAUUGAAAAUAAUAGGACAGGUGUACGGGAUAAGAUACAGGAAAGAGGGAUCUUUGAACCUCCUUCAUUGCCUACAGGAGAAAAGAUUUCACUGAAUUUGCGUCUUAUCAAGCAAAAAUCGAGGCAAGUAGGCAGUUAGAGAUGCAAAAAUCAAUUAAAAUGGCCUUAGAGGAAGCUAGUCACAAGGCCUCCAAACAAAAGGGCUUGAUAACGAGCUAUAUCACAUUCUUUUGUAACUAUUAUUUGUGUACAGUUUAUAAAAUGAGUAAGUUGGUUAGAAUUGGAAAACUUACUGUUUUUGGAAAUCUAUUUUGGUGGUUGUUGUUCUUAACUUUGUUCUAAGAUUCAUAUGAUGCUCUAGCC